UCAUUAAGCUCUGUACAAACUCAACAAAAAAAUAAAUUCCAAAGAAAUGUCAGACACAGAAAUCCAAGUAGAUUGGUCUGCAAUCCUAGAUGACAUCCUCGUUAAAAUUGCAGAAACUCUGACAAUCUACUCCGAUUACAUCCGGUUAAGAGCAGUUUGCCUUAACUGGAGAAAGUCUCUUCCUUUUACUCCACCUUACACUCUCCCAUGUCAACUUCCAUGGCUUCUCCUCCCUCCUCCUACCUCUAUAACCCCUCACUACGACUCUCGUCGAACAUUCUACAACAUUCUCAGCAACAAACUCCACACCUUCUCUGUUUCAGAAUCAUCCUACCCUCGCCGUAUUCUCGGUUCAUCCCAUGGCUAUCUUAUACUAACCUCUGGCACACCUGAGGUGUUCUGCCUAAAUCCUGUUACCAAAUCCAAAGUGCACCUACCACCACUUUCUACUCUUCCUGGAGUUGUCUCCUUUAAUUUUUCAAAUGUUGGUCGAGAAUACUUUGUUCAAGAUCAGCUAACUGGUCAAAUUUACCCUCUUGAACUGAAGCAAAUGAGGGAUGAUUUCAUUCGGAAACUCGUUCUUUCUUCUCCUUCCAAUGGGUUUGCUUUCGCUAUUACCACUUCCUUCCUUUGUAAAACAACUGAAAUGAUUUUCUGUACAACCUCUGAGGAUCACUGGGUGUGGGUUCCAGUUUCGAAUUUUACUGCUGAAGAUGUGAUUUACUGUGAAUCUCAAGGGUUGUUUUAUGCUGUUAAUGGUGUUGGAGUGUUGGGGAUGUUGGGAGCUAGGUUGCACGGAAACGUGAAACGGAAACGGAUACGGAGAAACGGGGAAACGGUCAUUUUCAAAAUUGUAAGAUACGGGGAAACGGCAAUAUAAAUCUAUAUUUUUGCUAUUUUGUUAGAAUAUAGUUAAAUGAAAAGUUUUCCACAUAAAUUAAUUACUUCGUGUUCAAAUUUUCCUUUAUAAAAUAAAAAACAUAAACAAACAAAUAAAUAAUAUUAAUGGAAAAAUGUACUAAAUUAGUCUUCUAGUAGUAGUACAAGUGUACAACACGGCACAAAUAAUACGAAGUACUGUUUUAGAAAAUGAAAAUCACAACUAAUCUAAAAUUGUGGUGGACCACACAUCUAAAGCUGUCAAACUCCUCCUUCCCCGCUUUUCUUGUGGAUCUACUUUUAUGGUUAGGUUUCUUCUUCAACUUUCUCAUCUACCCCUUUUAAAAAAAAUCCAUAACCAAUUUAAUUUAUUUGCUUUGCCAGUUUGCCGUUUCUACAACGCAAUUCAGUAUAGCUUGUAGUGAGUAAAGUCGGGUUUGGGUCGAGUCAGAGAGCGACAGGGUUCGUGUUUUAAGGCACUGCUCGACGGCGGCUCCUCCUCGAGUCCUCGCCUCCUCCGCUCCUCAGUAGGUGCUCGGCUAGUCGCUGCUUCUCAGCUCCUCCUCUUUCUCGGUGGUCGACGGCGACGCUGCUCGGUUCUUCUUCCCCGAAUCCCCACGACCACGGACUGUUCUGAUAGGGGUUUAACAGAUCUGGGUUCAGUCUUCGGUGGUCGGAACUCGGAUGACCUGGUGGAGUGGUGGGCCGGUGGCUGGUGGGCCGAUUGCGGCCUGCGUGGCUGCGUCGAAGAGAGAGGGAGUCCGGGAUUA